GGGUGUACGAACGAACGAAAGGGAAGUGAGCAUUAUUAUGAGCGGGAAAGAUCUUAAAAUUUUUUGCUAAUUUGCUUAGUUUUGCUAGCGAUUUAAAAAUUACUUUAACGAAAAAUGAUAAUUCAACAGUAUUUAUUGAUUGAAAUCAUCUAUAAAGCAAUGAACUUAUGAAAGAUCAUUUUUAUGAAUGGAAUUAUCAGAGUUGAUACUGCAAAUGUAAAGCUGGUGAUAAGGCACCUUUAAUCACUUUUCAAAACAUAAAACAGUAACGAAAUUUAGUUUCUAAAUUGUGUAUCAACAAGAACAGAAUAUACGAUGAAAAUUCAAUAUGGUACCAAUUUCUUCACAAAUGGAAAAUGCUAAAAAAACGUUAAAAUGAGAGUAUUGAGUCUUCAAAAUAUCUGAAUAAUUGUUGUUACACAUAUUCUUUAAGUGUAAUAAUUUGUAAUUAUUUAUUUUUGAAACGGAAGUGUUACAUAUGCUUUAAAUGCCAAAAAAUGUUUAGUCAGCAGCUUCAUUACCAAAAUCAUUUACGCUUACACACAACAGAUGAAAAAAAUCCUUACAGUUGCAAUAUUUGUAGAAAAUCAUUUACAGUUCCAGCCAGAUUGACACGUCACUACCGAACACAUACUGGAGAGAAGCCUUAUCAAUGUGAAUUUUGCAGUAAAUCAUUUUCCGUAAAAGAGAACCUUAGUGUUCAUCGAAGAAUUCAUACAAAAGAAAGGCCGUAUAAAUGCGACGUUUGUGAUAGUGCUUUUGAACAUAGUGGCAAACUUCAUAGACAUAUGAGAAUUCAUACAGGUGAGCGGCCACAUAAAUGUCUUAUUUGUAAUAAAACAUUUAUUCAAAGUGGACAACUAGUUAUUCAUAUGCGUACGCAUACUGGAGAGAAACCUUACAUAUGCAAAUCCUGUGGUAAAGGAUUUACUUGUUCAAAACAACUCAAAGUACAUACUCGUACCCAUACGGGGGAGAAACCUUAUGCUUGUGAUAUUUGCGGUAAAUCUUUUGGAUAUAAUCAUGUCUUAAAACUACAUCAAGUCGCACAUUAUGGAGAAAAGUGUUAUAAAUGUACUAUUUGUUAUGAAACUUUUAAUUCAAAAAAGCUGAUGGAAUCUCAUAUAAAGAAUCAUUCAGAAUCUUCGAAUGCAGAUUUUUCUUCAAAAAAUGAACUUCAAUUAAAAAAUUCAGAUGCUAGAAAUAGGUUACUGCUAUGUGAUUACAUGAAUGAUUAUGAAAUACCUGUAAGCGAAAAAGAAUUAUUUAACUGUGCUAUGGUUAACAAUUCUCAAGGUUCUUUGAAAAUUCAAACACAGAUUGAUAAAACAGAAGGAAUGAAUAUAUCAAAAAUGAUAUCUAAACCCCACUGCAUUGUAUUAAACACUAAUUCACAUUCUACGGAACUUUUAGAAAAUAUAAGAAUAAACGAAACAUCAACACGAAGAAUGUCAAUAAAUAGUUCAUCUACUCAACAGCACACUUUGACCGAUUGUAGUAUGGACAACUCUUGUUUAUAUGAAAUACAAAAUAAUGAUUUCUUUGCCAAAACAUGCUUGAAAACUAUUUGCUUAACAAGAAGAAAUUUUAUGCAUAACAUGGACGACAAUUUUGACCAAGUUAAAGAAGAGCAACGGAUAAACAGCAGGAAAAUAGAAUCUAGUGGAGCCUUCAAUGCCAAAUAUCAUGCAGAAUUCGACAACCAAUUGUAUAGAGAUUCUUUUAACUUUGUUAUUCCAAACAAAAGAAAUAAUUAUAGUUUGCCUCCACGCAAAAGAUGUAAAAUGAUUCUCGAAUCUAUGAAUACUGAGAAUUUAAAGUCACAGUCAGCAGCCAGAUAUCAUUCUGUGAUCAGAUUUGCUAGAUCUGAAAUUACUAAAUCAAUUGAUGACAAUAAGAAUUGUCUAAAUUCUUAACUACAUAAAUUAAUAAAGCAUUAAAUUUUUGUUAGAAUGAAUUUAAAACUAAAAUUUCAAUUUUGUAAUAUAAAUAAAUAUAAAAAAUCUAGAGUCGAUGUUUUUAAUUUAAGAUGUAUUGAAGUAGAUAUUUUUAAAAUUAUUUAUCUAAUAAAUAUAAGAGCAUGUUAAAGUAUUCUCGCGAGGGAAUAGGUCAAGUAAA